AUGAUGAAAGGUGUUCAUUUCCCGCUAUCUAUUGUUGCCACAUUGGCAUUGGCCACCUUCCUCGUCUCUGCCUCAGACCCCAGUCCUCUGCAGGACUUCUGCGUAGCAAUUAAUAACACCGAAUCUGCUGUGUUUGUGAAUGGGAAAUUCUGCAAGGACCCCAAGCUUGUGACUGCAAAUGAUUUUUUCUUCUCCGGGCUCAGAAUUCCUGGGAACACAUCAAAUCCGGUCGGUUCAUUCGUGACACCAGCGAAUGUGGAGCAAAUAGCUGGACUCAACACUCUUGGCAUAUCCCUGGCUCGCAUAGACUUUGCACCAAACGGCCUCAACCCUCCUCACACCCACCCACGCGGCACAGAAUUUCUCAUAGUCUUGGAAGGCACACUCUAUGUUGGCUUCGUCACAUCCAAUGGCGACAACAAUCGGCUGUUCACCAAGGUGUUGAACAAGGGAGAUGUGUUUGUGUUCCCAGUUGGUCUCAUUCACUUCCAGCUCAACGUGGGACACGUCAACGCUUUAGCCGUUGCUGGUCUGAGCAGCCAGAACCCAGGAGUAAUCACCAUAGCCAAUGCAGUGUUCGGGUCAAACCCUCCUAUCAACCCUGAUGUUCUAGCCAAGGCAUUCCAGAUCGACGACAAGGAGGUUGAGUAUCUUCAGAAACAGUUCUGGUACAACAACAAUUAA